UUGGCAAAAUAUCAAAUAUGGCAGCCUCCAUGCAGAGAGUGACUUUUUCGGUAUUCCGUCAUAUUCGCUCUAAUUUUUGCUCAAAUGGAAUGGUGCAAAGACGGCAUAAAAGUCAUGACAGUGCAAACGAUACAGAGGACAAUUAUACGGAGAAGAACAAACCUUCAGUGACCCUCAGCCGGGAUGAAUCUAUGGUCAUAUGCUGGCACCCGGAACCCAAAUUUCCGUACGAGUGUUCGAAGCCGAUGCCCAGAGAAACCGAAGACACGGUGCAGGGCGAUUCGCCGCUGAAGCUCCAGUACAUCCGGGACUUUAGAAUAAGGAACCGACCCACGGGUCCCACCAUUUCAGAGCUGUCCGCCAUCUUCUAUGACACCAAGCAUCCUUUUUAUCCCAGACCAAGAGCCACCAGACGAAAAGUGAGAAAUCUCCCCCCGCCAGACCGAGAGGGCAUUUGAAGAAAUUAUCUAUACCUUCUAUGUGUACAAUUUGACAUUGAUAAAAUACUAAAAAUCAAUAAAUAAGAUUUAUCCUCAUUAUUUGACAAAGAUCAAUUAA